GUGGGAUGCAAGCGGGCUUUGCAAUCAGUGGCGGAAUCUGAAGAGUAAAACAUUGAAGCUUGGGUUUUUCUGCUUUUUGAAUUAAAUCCCACUGUUUCUUCAGUGGUUACCUUGCAUAAAAACACACAGAAAUGGCAGACAAAGAAGUGUACGAUGAUGCUGUGGAGGAGCGAGUAAUAAACGAGGAAUACAAGAUUUGGAAGAAAAACACACCAUUCUUAUACGACCUAGUUAUGACACAUGCACUUGAGUGGCCGAGUUUAACUGUGCAGUGGCUUCCUGAUGUGAACAGGCCUGAAGGAAAGGACUAUGCAGUUCACCGGCUUGUGUUGGGCACACACACCUCGGAUGAGCAGAACCACUUGGUCAUCGCCAGUGUUCAGGUCCCUAAUGAUGAUGCUCAGUUUGAUGCAUCCCACUACGACAGUGAGAAAGGAGAGUUUGGAGGGUUUGGGUCAGUAAGUGGAAAGAUUGAGAUUGAGAUUAAGAUCAAUCAUGAAGGAGAGGUGAACAGAGCCAGAUACAUGCCACAAAACCCCUGCAUCAUUGCCACCAAGACCCCCACCUCUGAUGUUCUGGUCUUUGACUACACCAAACACCCAUCCAAACCAGACCCCAGUGGAGAGUGCAGUCCAGACCUGAGACUGCGGGGUCAUCAGAAGGAGGGAUACGGUUUGUCCUGGAACCCCAACCUGAGUGGAAACUUGCUCAGUGCAUCAGAUGACCAUACAAUCUGUCUAUGGGACAUCAGUGCUUUUCCGAAAGAGGGGAAGAUAGUGGAUGCCAAGACCAUCUUCACAGGUCACACGGCUGUGGUGGAGGAUGUUUCCUGGCACCUUCUGCAUGAGUCACUGUUUGGCUCUGUGGCGGAUGACCAGAAACUCAUGAUCUGGGACACACGAUCCAAUAACACAUCAAAGCCCAGUCACGCUGUGGACGCCCACACAGCCGAAGUCAACUGCCUGUCCUUCAACCCCUACAGCGAGUUCAUCCUUGCUACUGGCUCUGCAGACAAGACGGUUGCAUUGUGGGAUCUACGUAACCUGAAGCUGAAACUUCACUCAUUUGAGUCACACAAGGAUGAAAUCUUCCAGGUCCAGUGGUCUCCCCAUAAUGAGACCAUCUUAGCCUCCAGUGGCACAGACAGACGUCUCAAUGUUUGGGACCUGAGCAAAAUCGGAGAAGAGCAAUCUGCAGAGGAUGCUGAAGAUGGGCCUCCUGAGCUGUUGUUUAUUCAUGGAGGGCACACAGCUAAGAUCUCAGACUUCUCCUGGAACCCAAACGAACCCUGGGUAAUCUGUUCUGUUUCAGAGGACAACAUUAUGCAAGUGUGGCAGAUGGCAGAGAACAUCUACAAUGAUGAAGAGCCAGACACCACUGCAUCAGAGCUGGAAGGGCAGGCAUCAUAACUGAAUCAGCAGCUGGGUCCACAUCUCAUUAAAAACCUGCAACCCUUUUCAUGGCUUCUCUUACUCUUGAGCUUUUUAGUUCUUAGAAAUUAUCCAUCCUGUUAUUUCCCACUUUACAUAUACAAGAUCCAUUUGUCUUUACUGGCUCCAUCUGUUGAUCCUUUUCUAAAAGGUUCACCUACAUUAAUUGCUGCAAAGUAUGGUUUAGGAACAGAGUAGUCUGGAUGCUUGUAGUUCAGAGAAAGAUUAACAGACUGCAUCGUAUGGUCAAUCACUUCUGAGAAGUUAUGGCCUGGUGUGGCUUUUUCACAAACACAAUUUUUAGUUUUUGUGCAUAAACCAGGCCAUAGGUGUCAAUUUGCUAUAAGUCUUUUGUAACUUUUAAAACGAUUUUGUAUUACUUAAUUGUUUAUAUGUACUUGCAAUUCAAUUAUGAAAAAUAAAUUACAGAUAAA